AGUUUGAGCCAUUUGCCACAAUUAAAGGGUCCAUUAAGCUCAUCAGGAUGAUAUGCACCAAUAGCAUAAUUCCACAGCAUUACUUACUGACCACAAAGAAAGGAUCCUAUACGUGGCUGACCCAUUAGCACCAGUGCACCACCCCUUUAUUCCUCAACUCAACAUAAAUCCCCAUCAUCACCACCUCUAGUACUUCAUCCAGAACUUGGUCCAAUAUCCAGAAUUAGUCCAUUUUGCUUCAAUUCUUAGUUACCAACAUCUCUAGCUCUCACAGUUUCCUUCUCAGGAAAGCCUUGUAUUGAGCUACAAUCAUAUCAGCCAUGCUAGAAGGCAAGGCAGUUAUUGGUGAGACCGAUAUGCUUCAAACAAUGCAACAAGAUGCACUUGAUCUUGCAGCCAAAGCCCUUGACUUCUUUGAUGUCACUGACUCCACUGACAUAGCUCGUCUUAUUAAGAAGGAAUUUGAUAGGAUGUAUGGACCAGGGUGGCAAUGCAUUGUGGGAAGCGAUUUUGGCUCAUUUGUGACUCACUGCUUUGGAUGUUUCAUAUAUUUUCAGAUUGGAAGCCUUUCAAUUUUGCUCUUCAGGGGCUCUGCUGGUUAUCCAGAACCAGAGGAAAACCAGUUUGAAGCCUUAGAAUCCUUAGAGACCUUGGAAACAAUGAAAGACUAAAUAUCUCAUUUCAAGUUCUACUUUUCUUGUAACCUGCCUUGUGUGGUAUAGAAAAUGAAAAAUAAGGAUCCAUUGCUUUUAGGGAUUCUGUAAAUAUAAUUGCGGUUGCUUAUUAUCUUAUGUUUGGUUCUGCUUAA